UAAUAUUAGCCCUAGUCUGUCGUCCUCACGGUAAGAGCGAUUUCUCAAUUUGGAACAGCGCAGCAGCAUCUUUCUUCUUCUUCCUUUAGUAAUUCCAGAACCCAUGGAGAAAAGACUGCGACUUUCCAACAAAUUUGCUUUAAAAAAGUGUCAAAAGGAAGUCUGCAUUGCACAAGAAGAUCGUGUCAGUCAGUUACCUGAUGAAAUUCUGGUAUAUAUAUUGUCUUUCUUUACUGUUAAGGAAGCUGCAGAUACAAGUCUCCUCUCAAGGCGUUGGCUAAACUUAUGGACAUAUAUUGAUCACCUUGAUUUUGAUGCUACAAAAUACUUGGAUCAAGUGUUCGUGCAACCCAAGCUACAAAAAGGGCAUAUGGACAAGUAUCUGACAUGGGUCAACUCUGCUUUGCAAAAGUUUAAAGGCCAGAGACUUGACCAAUUUCGUGUUUACUUUGAUUUAAACAAAUUUGCUCAGCACGACAUUGACAAAUGGCUUGAACUUGCCUUUUCUAAGAAAGUUCAAAGACUAGAGUUAGACUUAUUAAGGUGUGGAUCAUUCACUCGUAAUUUUGAUUCCUGUUAUACUUUUCCGGAGCGGCUCCUUGGUCUUGGAGAUUCUUCUUCAUGCUCUAAUAACCUCCAAAUUCUCUCACUUAUCAACCAGAAUUUCAAGUCUCUAAAAGUGCUUAUAUUGAAAUCUGUAAAUGUGACGGGCCAAGUUCUUGAGUUCUUUCUACGCAAUUGUCCAUUUCUUGAAAGAAUGCAAGUUCAUGGAUCAGGAACAUUGAAAAAUUUGGAAGUUGUUGGUCCGUCCCUCAAGUUGAGACACUUGGAGAUAUAUAGCUGCUUCAAUGUAAAAUCACUUAAAAUUUGUGAUACAAAUCUUAUAUCAUUAAGGACUUCAGCAGGAAAAGUAUUACUGCUUAAGAAUGUCCCGAUGCUGGUUGAUGUAGAGAUUUUGGGUAUGCCAUACACCCAUUUAUUGGAUGACAUAUCCUCUCGUCUUUUGUGCGUUCUCUCUCAGCUGGAGGUCCUUACAGUAGAUGCUUGUAUAUCAUUGUUUGAUUAUCCGCACGAAGAUUUGGAGCAUUACAAUUUUCCUGAACUUACGAAGCUCAAGAAAUUUGUUUUUAUUACAUUUGGAAAUUCACUAAGAGUGUCAGGCCAGAGUCUCUUAGGUUGCACGUCUAUAAUAAGGGCUGCCCCACAGUUGAAGGAAUUUGAACUACAGGUGAUGUCAAUCCCCUUCGAGGCAAAGAAAGAGUGUAAGAAAGCAGCCAUAAAAUGCCCACUCCAUCACCUCAAAGUGGUCAAAUUUUUGGGGUUUUAUACAGGCUUAUUUCAACUUGAACUCGUUAGGUACUUUUUGGAAAAUGGUGUUGCUCUUGAGAAAGUCAUUAUUGAUCCAGGUACUCCAUUUUUUUAUCGUAUCCCUCCGUGCCCUAGCGAAAUCAAACACACGCAAACUUCGAGAAAUCUUGCCAAGCUCCAGCUUGAACGUGAAGUGCCUCCGGCUAUUGAGUUGGUCAUACUUUAAUGAAAAUAAUAAUGUUAUUACGGUUAAAUUUGUGAUACAUAACGGAGGUGAAUUUUUAUUUCUUAGUAGAUGUUCCUCAUGCUUUGUUUCAUUAUUGAGUGAUAUUUUCACUUUUUGUGAGGUUU